UUUCCUUCCUUACUAAUUUUAUAUGUUGCAAAACCAAAGUGUGAUUUUGAGCCAUGGCAGAGAGCAUAAUGAGGAAGAUCCAGCCUUUUACCAUUGGGACCAAGCUGUCUGUCCCUUCUGUGCCCAAAUGCCCAGAUUUUGCAGAAACCUACUUGCCAAGCCAGACUCUGGAUAACUGCAAGCUGCAGCACAACUUGAAUGACCAGGUGUCCCUCUACCUUGGCCGGUCCCAGAUGCACCCAGAUGGACCCCGGUUCUCGCCUGUGGCCACACAGUUAACCCAGGUGGAAUGUCGUCAAGAAGAGAUGACCAAAGAGGAUCACCUGAACAGGAACGCAGUCUCCCCCACCGCUUUCUCCAGAUCCAUCCGGAAGAUCACCAUCUCCGGGAGCACAGAAACCCCCGGAGACAUGACAUCCCCCACAGACGGGUGCCCCAAGGCCCCUGGGACCUCCAUGUCCGAAAACAUCAAUAACAACAACAACAUCCCCUCCAAACCCUUACCCAGGAUUGUAGGAGUGAGCUGUGAGAACAAGCCCAAUUCUCAUUUUAAGGUUUUACUAAAAAAAGAUGUCACUGUGGGGGACCAGAGAAAUGAUUGUCAAGGGGCAAGUGGAUUCGAUUGUCCUGGGGAGAAAACCACUCCAAGCCUUCAGACUCCUGCGCUAAGAGCCCUGUCACCAAAACAAGACCUGCAGAAGGUGGAGACUCCAUCCUGCGGACAGGCUGAUGUCCCGCCCCAGAGCGAUGGCAGCAUUACUCAGCGCAAUGCCCUUUUCAACAGAGAAAUCCUGCAGGCUGAGGCGUGGAUCAAAGGGAAGCUGCAGGACCUGAAGGAUGGCUGCAAUGUUCAGAGAUGCCCACUGCAGGAGUGGGAGGAGCUUUCUCAGACCCUGCAGAGAGACCUCAAGGACUUCGAGAACACCCUCAUUCAGCUCAACCAGAUGGGCGAACAGCUCAUCUGCAAGAUGAACCCCACCUCAGACCUGGUGAAGAAACAGCUGAGCCAGCUCAAAGACCAGUGGCACACGCUGAAGCAGACUGCUGCCAAUCAAUCAAAGGCGCUGGGUGGAGCCAGGAGUCUGCAGGAGUUCAACAGGAAGGUGGACAAGCUAGAAGCGUGGAUAAAGGAGAAGGAAGAGGAACAGUCGCUGGUGAAGGUUCUUGGUGAGAAUAUUGACAAAGUGCAGCUGACUAGAAGAAUUCUGGAUUUGAAACAGGAUGAGCAGCUGUACCGGACUCUCCACGAGGAGAUCAACCACUUGGCGCUAAAGCUGGAGAAACAGGGGAAGACUGAGGGCAAGAACAUUUCCACCCGGAGGAAACACGUCAACAAAAUGUGGCUAAAGGUUCAAUCGCUCCUGAAGGACUACCAUGAAAACCUUCAGCUGGCACUAGAAGUCUCCUCCUUUUACCAACAGGCAGACAAUAUCAUCUGUGCCAUCAAUAACAAGAGGAAAAGCAUUUCUGUAACGAAUGAUCAGGAGAACAGUGGAGACAGGGAGAUUCGGGACAUAGCCAGUCAAAUUAUGAUGCUGGAUGUGACUGUAUCUCAGCUGUCGAACCUCCACCCGGCCCUGGCGGUGAGGGUGACACAGAAGCAGGCUGAGGUGAAGGACGGCUGGGCCCUCCUCCAGAAGGCUGUCAGGACCGAGAAGCCAGCUCUGCCUGCCUCCAGCUCUGAUUUCACCAGGGAAGAUGGCGACCCUCUGACCCCAUCCAGAGAGCUACAGUGCGGCGUGGGAAUUGAGACGCACAGGAUUAUGGGAAAGGAGGUUAAAGAGGAGCAGAACCGGCUCAAAGGAUGUGUGAGCGUGAGAGACUCCGGGAGCAACAGGAAGUCAACAAGCGGCCAAAGCGAGGAGCUGCUUUUAACGAGCCACACCCCUCCAGUCACAGGAAACAGCCCAGCUCAUACGGGUGAUGUCAUCGGGAGACGCCAGACAGGGGUGGAAAGCAGGAAACAGUUGGGCCAAUCCAAGCCCGCUGUCCCGCGAGGCCACCCACAGCUCCACGUGCAACUGCAGAAGUUCACUGUGUCUGCAGACAAGACUCUCUCGUGGCUGAAGGACAACGUGGCCAUGGCGACCCAGAUCUGCUGCACAGCGAGUCUGGAUGGCUUUGAGGCGGCAAAGAGGUGCCAGGCAGCUCUGGAGGAGGAAAUCCUGUCCAACAGAGCCAGGAUUGAGGUGGUCAAGAAGGAAGGCCGGAGCUUGGUGCGGGCGCAGCACCCAGGGAGUGCCAAGAUCGAAGAGUUCCUGGGCCAGCUGGAGGUGCUGUGGGAGGAGCUGAAGAGGAGGCACCAGAAGAACGUGCUGGUGCUGCAGGAGUCGGAGAAGCUCAACCUGAAGGCUAUGAAAGUCCUGAAGGACCUGAACAGCCUGGAGGCCUGGCUGCAGACGGUGGAGCUGUCCAUCCACCGGUCCUCGCUGGCCAGGGACCCCAAGUCCAUGAGCGCGGCCGAGCAGGAGAGCAGCCUGCUGGAGAGGGAGGUGUCCUCACGGGGCCUUGAGCUGCGCAUACUGCGCCAGGAAGUGGACAAGCUGCGCAGCCGCAGGCACUUCCACACCGAGCAGCUCCCAGCCCGCAUGGAGGAAGUGGAGGAGAAGUACCGCAGUGUGCAGAAUGCUCUGUCGCAGCAGAGCUCGGAGCUGCAGGACACGCGCAUGCUGACGGAGUUCCUGGAACGCGUGGAGCUCGAGGAGAGCCAGGGGAUGCGUGGCAGCCGCUACAGUGGCCUGGGGCAGACUCUCCACAGCGAGCUGGGCUCCGGCCACUCCUUGUUGGGCCUACAGGGUGGCGGGAGCGGGGGCGGAGUCCCGCUCAUGGAGAGUAUUGGGGAUCCUGUGGAGGAGCUGCGUGAGGCUGUGGAGAUGCUCAACGACACGGUGAGGGAGAGGGGUCGCUCCCUGUCCCAGGAGCAGGGAAUCCAGGAGCUGCUGAGCCGGCACUCUUCCCUGACUGUGAGGAUCACCCAGCGCCUCUCCCGCAGCGCUGAGCUCAGCAUGGACAUCCUGGAGGCGGAGACUGACAUGGCUGUCAAGUGCGAGCCAGACCUCUGCGGUUUGGAAGGGCUGCAGGAUCAGCAGGAUGAGCUGGAGGUCGACUGUGAGGUCAUCAAAGAGGAAGUGGGGGAGAUGGAGAAGCUGGCUGCUCGACUUGAGGUCCUCUGCCCAGAGAGAGUGCAGGCGUUGGGGGCUGAGAUCCAGGCGACUGUGCAGGCCUGGGAGGAGCUGGGCAGGAGCAUGGCGGAGAACCGGGCCCGUCUGCGUCAGUUUGUCCAGCUGCGGGACUUCUUCAGGAAAUACCUGGCAAUGAUCUCAUGGACAGAGGACACCCGGGACUGUAUCUUCUCUGAAAGCACAGUGCUUCAUGGGACUGGGAAUGAGGAACCGAAGGCCAGCGAGCUAGACAUGAAGAUCGAGCAGAAGUUCAAGGAGUUCGAUGACCUAGCGGCAGCUGGGCAGAAACUCGUAAAUGAGGAACACCACCUGACUGAGAUGAUCCGGGAGAGGAUGGAGGAGCUGAGGAGCAUGCUGGGAUGGAUCCUGGUGCGCUGGAGGGCUCAGAAGCAUCAGAAAACCAGUGGGAAGAGGAAACCGGAGCCCAAAGGAGACGUCAUUUACUCAGAGGCUACAGUCUGCACCACUUCACAACAGAGCACCUCUCCCCAGUCUGAUGCUCAGGGGACCACAGAGAGGACUGUCUCUGAGGAUGCACAGAGGACACUAGCCAAUCAGCCCGCAGCAAGACCUGGUUGCCAUGACGACCGGCAGGAUGAGUUGCACACCGAGGGCGGGUACGAGGUGAUGGGAAGCGUCGGGCCGAGGGGCGGAGACGUGAGCUCCCCAGGGGGAGCUCUGCAGGGACUGCUGGCUGUGGAAACCCCUGCCUCGCCUUUCCUGGUCUUGAAAGAGCCCAAUGCCCCCUCACUGGGCGGCACUGUCAACCUCAUCCUCAGUUUCGGUAAAACAGGGGACAGCCAGCUGCAGGUGGAGGAGCCGGCGGAGGAGGUGGAGGUGACGGAGCCCAUACACAGGGUAAGUACCUAUUUGCAUGUUAAGGACAACAACAAAGCGAUGGCCCCUGUGUGUGAGAGCGUUACUCUGCCACGCCUUGACAGCAAGGCCAGGACAUCCGCCUCCUCGCCCUCCUCCUCUCCGUCCUCUUCCUCCUCUUCCUCCUCCUCCUCGUCCUCGCCGCCCCGAGGCAGCAACGUCUCCUUCCACACCCUGCCCAGGAGCACCUCCAGCUCCAUCUUCACCAGCCUGAAGAGGCGAAGCAAGAAGAGGAAGAGGAAGAGGGACGUGCGCAGGCACACCAUCCAGAGGAUCAUGGGAGUGGAGCAGCCGGAGGGGCUCGCUGUCGCGGACGAACAGGCGGCAUGUAGCACCAACACCUGGCCGCUGAAGGAGAGGAAGAAGACGGGUGCCCAAGCAGCUAGUCCUGCCGGCGUGGAGCUCUUGGACUAUGUGAAGAAUCCCUUAGCCAAGGACAUUGAUGCAGAGUGCAGCUCAGGUGUGACCCCUGCUGAACAUGUCAGCAACUGCAGGCACCUCUCCUUGGGCUCUGUGCUGAGCUUCGACUUGCCCGUGGACUUGAGCCUCAUCCCCAGCAUUCAAGACGUCAUCACCAUUAGCCCACCAGAACCUGCUGGUAGAGACCAUAGCAAGUGCACUGGGGACCUCCACAGCCUAGACGUCCAAUACCCAUACACAGAGAAACACACAGCUUUAAGCACGUUCAAACAGGCACAAUCACCAACACCAUGUAAAGGAGAAAUGUCUAGUACUCACAGGCUUAAACUAAACCCACCAGAGCAGAGGGAGGUGAGUUUCAAGAUAGAUUGCCGUGGGUCACCAAAGAUCCACAUGGAUGCUCCAUCUGCUGCAGCCCAAUACUCUCCACCACCCUCUCCGACUCUGAGCCAGACCACGCUGGGCGAUGACCUAUCGGACCUUCAACUGAGGCAUCUCUCUGGCAUCAGCAACCUGCAGGAGGAAGUUGAUCAGGAAUGGGAUAAAUUGGCAGCUGAGCUGGACUCUAGAGGACAUCUGCACAGCCACAGCACCUGUCCACCAAAGGAGGAGGACCACUGUGAAACAACGGGCCAGGACUCUAGUUCCAAUGUGACAUCAGUAGCUCAUGUGUGCCCCAGUGUCCACACCAGAAUCCAGGAUCUGCAUGGGCAUGAAUACUGCCCUCCUGUAAGGAAGCCAGGCACACACAAACUGGAUUCAAUGUCCAACACACACACAGCCUCCUGCUUUGUCCUCGACCUCCAGAGGCCUGUCAGCAGGGACUGUGCAGACUCGGGAAGAGUCACACUCAGCGCUGAAGAAUCCCAGGAUGCUCUCCUGCCCAGGAGGACCGUGGGCGGGAUGGUGCCGUUGGAGAGGGAGGCCAAUAACAGGGUCCCAGCUGAUGCUGAACAAGGAACCGAUGCCACUGUAGCAGACGCCCUCCACCCAGACCACCAGCAGUUCGAGGAAGAAGAGGAGGAGCUGGAGGACAUCUGGAACCAAACCAGCAGCUACCGCCAAAGCAUCUGCUCCGACAUCAUGUACCAGACCCACCAGGCAGAGCAGGCGAGCACUCCCCCUGGCCACGCCCGGGAGCCUUCCCCUCAGGACAGGGGUGUGCUCUAUAGGAAUUUGGUCACCGCCUCCGCACCUAACCUCCUGGUGGCAGAGUUCACACUACCAGCCUCAGUCCAGACUCUGCUAGGCUACAGGAAACAGCAGAGUCUCAAGGAGGACAGCACUCACGGCAAGCCUGACAGAAAGUCCUGGGCCGCUUUUGCAAACAGAGACACACCCAGCAAGCAGAUAUCACUGGUAAAUGAGACAGCCUCCGAUCUGGUGAGGCUGCCUGAAACAGAGGACCAGCAAAAGUAUAUCUAUCAGUAUAGAGAGGAGGACGAGGAGGAGGAAGAGGUGGAGGGGGUGGAGGUGGAGGCGGAGGUGGACACAGGUUGUCCGAAGGCCCAGUCCAUGAGCCUGCUCUCAGUUCACAUGGGGCUGGAGGGUGCUGGCCAGCCGCCAAUGGGCUUGAACAUCCCUGAGAGUGACAGAGAGGAGCAGGGACACACUGCGACCACUGGAGGGCACUGCAUUGCCACGAAUGGGAGGAGACCGGAGUUCCAGUCAAUGGAGGGCACCCUGGAGAGGAAACACAGGUUUCAGCUCGGGGGGAAGAAGGCCCCCUGCCGUGCCUGGAACUCAUACCACGCUGUCCUGUUCAGACAGACACUGUGCUUCUACCAGGACAGGAAGGACACUCUGAAGAGUUCGGUGUCUGGCCUGCCCCUAAACCUCAUAGGAGCAGAGUGCUCUCCAGCCCCAGAGUACACCAAGAAGGCCAACUGCUUCAGUCUGCGGUUGCGUGAUGGUUCAGAAUACCUCCUCAGUGCCUCCUCCCGCUUCCUGAUGAAGAAGUGGAUGUUAAAGAUCCAGGCAAAUGCAGAAUUCAGUGAGUCAGAUCUUUCCAGGUCUCUCCCAGGACCAUGUGCACAGGAGGCCCUCACAAUUGCUGACUGCCACUGUGGGACCAAAUGCCACUGCCGUUCUGGGGAAGCUGUCACAUCACCUCUUUCAGGACGCAGUCAGACAGGCACAGCCAAAGCUAAAGAGAUUGUGGUCCUGACCAGAGACAGCACACAGAUCCCACAGUGGCACCAUGGGAACUUGGAGGACCUUUCUCCAGCCUUAUCUUCAGAUGCAGGUCAUUGUGAAGACUACUACAGCUCCCUGCGGCAGGCCAUGAAGCAGAGGCUGUCCCAGAGGCCACUGGGGCUGCCCCUGCACGCCUCCAGCAGUCAGGAAUCUCCCAGCAGCAAGCGCCGCUCACACUCCUUUACCUCAGCCACGUACCAGAAGAUCACACCUGUACCUCUGCUGCCUGGAGGCCACGAGGGAGGCUCAAGCUAUUCUGUGACUCUGGUCAUUGGAGAUCAGCUCUCUGAAGCCACGCCCGCCAGCAGCAGCUCAGAGUCAGCAAGGCUGAUUGGCUGGCGGCAACAGCCCUUCCCAGAUAUGCCUUUUGAGAGGAGCUACGCCAGCCUCCCCAGGCCCCGGAACAAAUCCGUCUUCAAGAAGUUUUUCGGGAAGAAGGAGUGAUUUGUGACUGAACACGUGACCUCUGACCUCUGAGAGGAAAGCCGUUCAACAUCACUCUCACAGCUCCUGUGUGCAGGGCACAUUGUAUUCCAAGACAUUUUUUGUUGCAUAUUUAUGAACACAUUCAUCUUGUUAUUGCUUUGUGUAUUUCAGCAGUUAAAUUUAUCAUUCCCACAGAAAUGACUCCUCAUUGGUCAUUCCUUUUUAUUCUAAUCUCUGAAACUCACUGGUUGAACCUUCCAGGUGAAAAUUCCCUUUAGUUGUAUUUCAGCAAAGAUUACCAUUCUUCAAGAAAUUCAAGAAUAUCUACAAAUAAAUGUUUGGGGAUUGUGAAUUUGAUUAAAUUAUUUAUUUCCAUAAAAAUAAGAGCCAUAUAUGAAUAUUGCUGAAGAUAAAAUAAAGGUUUGAAUGCUCUAUGUGUUUUCCCCCCAUGCCUAAACCAUUGUAGAAAACCCAUCUGACAUCAUUUUUAAGUGUCCUUAUUUAUGACCCUGUUUGUUUGAUUGAUACUUGUUGCUGUGUACUGUGCAGUUAAAUUAUAACAGAUAUCAGAAUUUAUGACACCUAACGGUCCAUUUCAUAUUUCACUCAAGUCUUUAUUCCAUGAAUUGGUCUUUGUGUUGCAUUAGUAUUGACUUGCUGUGGCUUGCUGAAUUGCUUUUAAAUGACUAGAGCGCAUUGACUCUGAUAGUUCUCAUUCAUCAUCUCUUGUUCACAAGCAACACAACUAACCUGCUCUGCGAGAAUCAAUUACAGGUAAUUCCAUGCUAUGUGUACCCUCACAUAAAGAUAGUUUCUUCCAUUCUGAGAGAGGUCUUGUUUUCAGACCAGAUCAAGAACCGUAAGCCUACCCACAACCCUAAACCACAGAUGGACUAGUUUUUCCCCUUAUCAUGAUCUUGAUGUAGUGUGAACACAAUUAUAGCAUUUACAUAAGCUAUGCAUGCCCAGUAGUCUGUGGUAUGUGUGGUAAGUGCCCAUGACAGGAGCUCAGUCUCUGCCCUGCAGCCAUUCCCCUCAACAGGACAUAUGGUGGCUGCCAUAAUGAGGAGGUGACCUCCAAGAUGUUACAUUUCUGCUUUAUACUGGAGCUCUGAAGCUCCAGGACAUUUCAGAUAAUAAUCAAACCAUCUCCCAUCUCCUGUCAACACCUGGACACCCUGCACAUUUAUUCAAAUGUCAAAAGCAAUUACUUUUCUUACUGAGUAAAUUCACUCCAUGUCAGGAUUUCUACUUCUUAAAACUGUACUAAAAGCCAUUGACACUUUUUGUUUGUAGUUCACAUGUAGUGUCCUUUCCUUUGAGCGUGACAGCAUACCAAACUAUAGAGAUCAGAUAUGAGGGAAAGACAUUUGCAUUUUAGGUCUUUAGGUUUUGAAACAGACUUAAUACUUUUUUUAUCACAAAAACACUUGCAGCAUUAACAUUUGUGGUAAGUUCAGACCUAUCUAUGUUCAAUAAGAUAAAAGAAGCUUACAUAUGCCACAAACCUGAAAUUUACUGUCACUUUCCAAGAUAUCACAAU